GUGCGCAUGCUCCCGUUUGGGGGGGGUUACGCAGAACGAGAUUCGAGAUGGCUGCGCCGUGAAGUGUGAUUCGGCAGGGAGCAAGCUGUUAUUCCUAAUGGCAAUAUCAAACUUGAUCCGGACCUUUGGUUCCCUGCUGCUGUCUUCAAGUCCUCAUCUUUCACAGAUCCCUGCAUCUCCCAGGCCUCUUUAUCUUGUUAGCCAUCUCAGUGCAUACCGUGAAAUCAGUACUUCUACUGCUGUGUUUGCCAGAGAUCCUCUGUGGAAAUGCAGGACAAAGUAUACCAUUAAGCCCAUUCCUAAAACAAAAACAGGAGGUCGAGAUCACACAGGUCGUAUCCGUGUGCAUGGAAUUGGAGGAGGAAGAAAGCAAUGCUAUCGUAUGAUUGAUUUCCAAAGGCUGCGUUAUCCAGAUCCAGCUGAGCCUGGUCCAUUUGAGGAAAAAGUGCUUUUGGUCCGAUAUGAUCCAUGUAGAUCAGGUCAUAUAGCUCUAGUGGCUGGAGGGAAGCGGAAACGCUGGAUCAUUGCAACCGAAAACAUGGUGGCUGGUGACACCAUCAAAACUUCAGGAAAAAUAGAAAGGAUGACAGUCUCUGCUAAUGAUGGGGAUGCAUAUCCAGUUGGAGCUCUACCACUUGGAACCCUAAUAAAUAACUUGGAGAGUCAUCCUGGGAAAGGGGCACAGUACAUCCGAGCAGCAGGCACCUGUGGGGUGUUACUGAGGAAAGUGAAUGGAACAGCCAUUAUACAGUUGCCCUCCAAGAGGCAAAUGCAGGUGCUGGAAACAUGCGUGGCUACAGUGGGCCGAGUUUCCAAUGUUGAGCACAACCAAAGGAAUCUUGGGAAAGCUGGUCGGAACCGGUGGCUAGGAAAGCGGCCCGAUAGUGGUUUAUGGCAGCGCAAAGGGGGAUGGGCUGGACGCAAGAUCAAGCCCCUCCCAGAGAUAAAAAAUUACGUGAACCUGCCAGUGCCAGCUGUACAGUUGUAGGUCUCUAGAAUUCUGUUAAAUAAAGUCUGUUUUCAUCGACAAA